CAAAUAUUCUUUGAUAUUUUUACGUGCGCACAUCCAUAACAAAAAUCCUUGCAAAUCGCCGGGAACGCGACGAAUUGCAGGUAAACAAGAUGCCAGCAGUACGUGGCCAUUACCGCAGCGAAGAUUACGUGGAGCAGCAGCAGCAGAAGGAGUAAGUGCACCCAGCGGAAGCAAGUAAAUCCGUCCAAUUGCCGGAAAACAGAGCGUAGCCAGCCGGAAAAGUAGAGCAGACUCUCCCAGAAAUCGAUGCCCCACUGCCACACAAUGGUCUAUAUGCGAAUUGUGCUGACAACCUUGGUGACCAUUACGUGUCUUCUGGGGGACAACUUCGUGGAGCUGACCCAGCAUCCAUUGCUGAAGGCCCUGGCCGACAAUGCCACCCAUGCGGCCAUUGGAGCACUCACGGGAAUCACGUUCGCCACACAAUUCUACGAGCGCACCUCGCAGUUGUUCGGCUGGAUAUUGAUUUUCACCUGCUUCGUUGUGUCAUCGUUCAUUGACUUGGACCACUUUGUGGAGGCGCGUUCCCUGUAUUUGGAGGAUGCCACCAAUCUGUCGAAGAGGCCCUUCCUCCACUGCUCCAGCAUUAUAGUGGUUAUGCUGCUGUUCUACAUGUGCACCGCCUGUUUGAACUACUUCCGGACCAGCCUAAUGCUGGGAUCCCUACUCUGUGCCUUCAUCACACACCACACCAGGGACGCCGUGCGGCGGGGCUACUGGCUGUGCCCGCUGGGCCACACGGACAGGAUGCCCCAGUUGGCCUACAUAUUGACCACCAUCCUGGCGCCCCAUCUGCUGGGCUGCCUGCACAACGUGUGCCGUAGCGCCACCGUGCUCAACUUCCUGGGGCAGUACGUCAAGCUAAGCGAGGGCCAAUACCGCAGCGGCUCCACUGCCAACUAUCGCUACAUGCAGGUCUAGGCUAUGUGUAGGAACACUUUGUGAUAAUAUUGCAAAACAUCAUCAAAUGGUAAAUGCAAAUUGCUUUUCAAGCUUCAAGCGCUUUAAGAUUAGAGAUUUAGAGAUCGCCUAGAAACCCAGAUACUUCCUCGCAACAGGACACAAUUUUACACGGAUCUUCUACUAGAAGUACCUUUUUGAGGGAACUAUGCUUCCCGUCCAAUUGAUUUUUCUUUGUUAAGUAGCGUGUAGGUUUUUACUAGCAUCUAACUAGAAUACAGAUAAUAUCCGGAUAUGUGAUAUGUAGUCCUUAGACAAACUAGAGUAACGAGCAUAGCGCACAACGAUAUCUAAUCGAUUUUCAACUUCAACUCUGACUCUUGUACUUGUAGGCCAUACGAAUUUUAAGCUAAUCGACUAAUAAAAUCAAUCUAAUUGCCUUACAACA